AUGGCUGAAACUCACCACUUCGACGUGCAGACACUCUUCGGAGUAAAGGGCUACGUGGCCGUGGUGACUGGAGGAGGUAGCGGCAUCGGUCUCAUGGCAAGCCAGGCCCUGGCUGCCAACGGAGCCAAAGUAUACAUCACCGGCCGCCGCAUGGAGGCCUUGGAGACCGCAGCCAAGAGCCACGCGCCCACCAACGGCAACGGCGGCCAGAUCAUCCCCAUCGGGCCCUGCGACGUCACGAGCAAGCACGACCUGGAGCGUCUGGUCGCCGACCUCAGCAAGAAGGAGAAGUACAUCAACCUGCUGAUCUGCAACGCGGGCAUCUCGGGGCCCAAGGCCGAGCCCGAGCAUGAGGAGGCCGACGAUCUGAAAGCUAAGCUCUGGAACAACGAGGACUCCCAGGACUGGGCCGACAACUUCAACACGAAUGUGACGUCUGUGUACUUCACCACCGUUGCGUUCUUGCCGCUGCUGCAGGCGGGUAUUUCGCCGAAGGGCCCUCUUGAGCCUUAUGCUGCGUCUGUCAUUACUAUUUCGUCCAUGUCUGGCAUUAUGCGACAUGCGCAAGGCCACUUCAGCUACAACACCGCCAAGGGUGCGACGGUGCACCUCACCAAGCUGAUGUCCGCCGAGUUCUCCAAGGCCAAGAUCCGCGUCAACUCGAUCGCCCCCGGCUACUUCCCCAGCGAGAUGACGGCCAAGGAGAGCGACGACCGCCAGAAGAGCCACGUCCCGCCCGAGAAGAUCCAGGAGAAGGGCCACGUGCCCCUCGAGCGCGCCGGCCGCGAGGAGGAGAUGGGCAUGACUGUCCUGUACCUCGCCAAGAACCAAUACGUCAACGGUGAGAUCAUUGCUGUUGAUGGUGGAGUAUUGAACGUCGUCGCUGGACGCUAG